AUGUCGAAGACUCAUGACACAUCGCACACUCGAAUAUUCAACCCUUCUGCUGCUCUGCUGCUCUGCUGCUCUUGCUAUACACACUACACGACGCUCACCCUCCUCCCCUGCAUCCUCCGGAUCCCGCGCUGCUGCUGCCCGAACACGCUAUCGGCUUCGUCCCGACACCGACUCGCUGAUCCCCAUCGCCGAUCGCUAAGACGUCUCGGAACGGCCAUAGUGAUAGAGUCGAGCUCCACAGCUGCAUCCGGCCACAACAACACACCGCCAGCACCUUUUUUUGUCCCUUUGUCGCUUAGUCCUGUGUCGCGUAAGGCAGUUCUAUCACCGUCUUAA